AUGAAGUUCUCACUUAUCACUUACAUAGCCACAUUUAAAUAUAAAUGUGAAGAUGAUAUAAGUGUUGAGGCCUUUAUCAAGCAAUAUGGAUCCUUAACCACCAAGAGGUACAAUUAUGUUGAUGUCAAGAAAAUGACCAAUUCAUUUCAAACCAAAUUAGGGGAUGGAGGGUUUGGAACUGUGUAUCAAGGGAAACUAUCAGACGGUCGCCUUGUCGCGGUUAAAGUUUUACACUCGUCUAAAGCAAGUGGAAAAGAGUUCAUUAAUGAAGUCGCUAGUAUUGGCAGGAUUUCUCACAUUAACAUUGUUUCUCUAUUAGGGUUUUGUUCGGACAAUCAUAAGAGAGCUCUCAUAUAUGAGUUCAUGUCAAAUGGAUCAUUAGACAAGUUUAUACAUAGUGAUCAUGAUUCUCAUAAAUCAAGCAUACGAUUAGAAGUGAUGAAGUUGUAUGAGGUGGCUCUUGGAAUAGCACGCGGUCUUGACUACUUGCAUCGUGGGUGCAACCCUCGUAUCCUCCAUCUUGACAUAAAGCCGCCUAACAUUCUCCUUGAUGAUGACUUUUGUCCCAAGAUAGCCGAUUUUGGACUUGCAAAGCUAUACCCUAGGAAUGAGAGCAUUGUUUCUAUGUUGGAGGCUAGAGGCACCAUUGGGUAUAUUGCACCUGAAGUUUUCAACAAAAGCAUUGGAGGAGUUGUAAGAUUAAAUAUAUUACAAAUGGUUGGAGGAAAUAAAAAUGUGGAUGUUAGGGUAGGUUCUAAAAGUACAAGUGAUUCAUAUUUUCCUAAUUGGAUUUACAAUCGUCUUGAGAAAGAUGAGUGUGUAUUCGAUGGUGUAUCGAGUGUAGAAGAAAACGAUUAUGUUAAAAAGAUGACAAUAGUAGGUUUGUGGUGCAUACAAACCGUUCCAACACAAAGACCAUCAAUCGAUGAAGUUAUCGACAUGUUAGAGGGAAGCAUGGAAGCGUUGGAUGUUCCACAAAAGCCAUCAUUUCCUUCUUAUCAAGCACCGGUUAACGCAUGUAGCACCUCACAAAGUGAGCAAGAGAGCAGUGGUCAGCAAAAUUCAUAUGAAUUAUGA